AUGGUCACACGGAAACCGGGUACCCAGGCUGCACUAUCCAUAAGAACAUCCCCGACCUCCACCGCCUCGUCUCCCACCUCUUCGCUGGCCGAUUUUGACGACAUGGACGUCAAAAUGGCCCUGAGCGACACCCAACCCGCCCCUCUUACCGUGUCCAUACCCAAGAACAUCCAGAGCCCACACUACCGAAAGCCAAACCUGUCAGAGAUACUGGCCAACACCGCCCCUCCGCCCUACACGCUGACCUCGUUCAUGGCAUUCCUCUCGCAGAACCACUGCUUGGAGAAUCUUGAAUUCACAAUGGAUGCCUCACGUUACCGAAAACACUACUCCAAGAUGGUCAACCGCCAUCCAGGGAGCCCCAUCUCGCCGCUGUCAGAUGAAUGCGCCUAUGUCCUGAUGCUGUGGCGUCGCCUAAUUGACGCUUACAUUCGCGAAUCCGGUCCACGAGAGGUCAACCUGCCUGCUGAAGUCCGCGACAAUCUACUAAGCCUCUCUGAUUCUUACGUUCCACCGCACCCAUCCUCAUUGGAUGAGGCAGUGGCCAAGAUCUAUGAGCUCAUGGAAGAAAGUGUUCUGGUAUCUUUCCUCAACUCCGUCAGCCCUCAGAGCGCUCACCCGACUAUGAGCGUGGCGAGCUACGACAGCAUCUCACGAUCGUCGACUCGCAGCUACGAGGAGCGAAGCCAUGGUUCCCGCCACCAGCAACCCCAGUCGGCUUCGCACCAGCGAGCGUCCGCUCCCUCAUCUCUUACCACUGGCUUCAUGCAAGCCCGCCCCUUUUCACAUUCAAGGUUCCACUCUCAGCCUACCUCUACCGGCCCGCCAUUGGCGCCCCGCGUUACGUCGGGCUACACCAGUGGAAGUGAUGCAUUGACCGAUGAUACCGGCAGUACCGGCAGUCCAUCGGGCAUGAGCGAUCCCCUGACUCCCCCUGGUACGCCGCCUAUGAGCGACUACCCCAUGGGCGAUUUCCACCAGGUCUACCACGAAAAUGGUAGCCCAAGUGGCACGCCCAGUCCACGCCACAGCCGUGGUGAGCAUAAUGGCAUAGCCAGUGCGACCAGGGACAGCUGGAAACGAGUCAGUAGCAAGCUUUGGCCCAAGAAGAAGAGUGGUCAACUCCGAGAGGACGAACCCGGUGUUGUCGAGGGAGGACUGUUCUAG